UGUCUUGACGAAGCGGAUCUCUUACUCGGAGGAGGAAAGUUCUUCGCGGUUGUGUUUAACUGCUGCUGCAAGUGGAGCAAUUUUGUGUUUUUCAAAAUUAGUUUUACUAACGCUAGCAUUUCUAGGUUAUGUUUACGUGUUGUUUUUUUGUAGAGAAAUUAAAAUUUGGUGACUCUUGGUACAUUUAGUGCUCAUUUAUGUGUCGCCAUCUUAAAACUGGUAGCAUCGUCAAAAGGAUUUCGUAUGUAUGGUAAUGUAAUGAUAAGGCCCUCCUAAUGGAGUUCGUGACGGUAAUUGUUUCUACUAUAUGUGACAUAUAAUACACCCAAUGUGUUCCUGUGUAACUCUCUUAUAUUCUAGCCACAUUCCACCAAAUUGCCCACCCAACUGCAAAGACCAACAAUCAAAGCAAACAUCGAAACUUCUCCGUUGCCAUCCAUGAGCAUUGUUCUCUCUCUCUCUCUCUAUUUUUUUUAUUCACUACAAACCCUUCGAAUUUUGCUAAUUGUUUGCCCUGUUCUUUAACCAUACCGCCAUGCCUCACCACCAUAUAGACACCAUACAUCGAGAUCAUGUUUCGCGAUGCACCGAAAAAGCGCAUCAAGCGCAACCUGUCGCUGAACUGUGACGAGAAUACGAACGAAACGCGCUGCUGCCGGUACCCGCUGAAGGUGGACUUUGAAAAGUUCGGCUGGGACUGGAUCAUCGCACCGAAGAGCUACGAUGCGUGGUACUGUGCCGGUGAGUGCAUGAUCAGCUUCCUGCCGAAGUACGAGCACACGCACGUGAUGCAGCUCAGCACGUCCGCCAUACCGUGCUGUUCACCGAAAAAGAUGAGCUCGAUCCAGCUGCUGUAUUUCGACAUGAGCUUCAACGUGAUCUACAGCACCAUCCCGAACAUGGUGGUGGAAAAGUGCAGCUGCUCCUGAGGAUCGCGAUCGUGAGCGGUUUCGGUAAGCGGGAGUUGUCGACGGGGGAGAAAGGAUUUUCCAAACACUGGUAACACACACACACACACAAACACACAGCGCAAAGGCAAAGACACACGUUGGGUUGGGUUAACAUCGAACACGAACGAAACAAUAAACGCCAGGCGGUGUACCAUCGGGUGUACCGAUUGCGUAUCAUAGGUAAGGCAACGUUUUUUUUUUCGUUUUUAAACAAUUUGAUAGAACAGAGGUCGUUAAAACUGUUGACAAUUCCACUGGUAUCUGUUAGCGCGGGCAUGGGCUGUUGUAUUCCUUUCCUUUUGGUCUUUCAAAAGAGAGAAAAAAAAGAAAUCUACUUCUACGAACGAGUCUGAAGAUCGGUAACAUUUUGGAGCUUAACUAAAAAUUAGAUCUAGUUCGCUUAGCCUGUAGUAGGUAGUCGUAGUAGGUAACGAAUUGUACAAGGGCAAAUAUACAUACAUAGCACAUACACUUUAGGCAGUUGAGGUUUCAAAAUUCUUAAAGUCAUUAUCGAGCAAAAAAAAAAGGAAGGAAGGAAGGAAGGAUUCGCUUUGAAAGGAUUAGAGAUUAAUACAGGAAGACGACUUCUUGAGGCCAGAGACUAACAAGGAAACGAACGAACGAGGAAAAAAAAGGCACUAAGCUGUGUUUGGGGAAUGGAGAAGGGUCGGUUCCCUUAUCUGUUUGGCUGCAAUUGAACGGUACCAAAACAUAAAAACACAAAAACCGAACGGUAUACGAUGACGAUACGAGCUUCAAACUGUUGUAAUACGUAGCAAAAACAAAAUCCAAAAAUUUACAAUAAUAAUACAAUAUGUGAUAACUAGCAAGGGAACAAUCAAUACAUAAUGGUAUGGUUUGGAAUUUGGCGAAGCAAAACUGCGAAAGAAUGGAAACAUAUGGUUCAUGUAUUGUUGUGCCUCACACAGAGCAAAAUAGAAAGAGAGAGAGAGAGAUGGUAAAACGCAUUUCCGGUGAUUGUUACAAAUACCGUUAGAUGAUCGUACCUAAAAUCGUACGAUAUAAACUUAAUAAAUAAUCCCCACCCCCCCCUC